UAUUAUGAUGGUCUUAGUUUUACUUCCGGAAAAAAGAAAGAAAGAACAAUAUUCUGUUUGAAUGUCGUAUAUCUGACGGAAAUCUACACUAGAAACCAACAAUGUCCGUCGAAACAGUACCAAAAGAUUUGAGAAAUCUUCGUGCUUGCUUACUUUGUUCAUUGGUGAAGACAUUUGAACAGUUUGAGAUGGAUGGUUGUGACAACUGUGAGGAAUACCUUCACAUGAAGAACAAUUCAGAUGCAGUGUACGAUACAACUAGCAACAACUUUGACGGCCUGGUGGCUCUAAUGGGUCCUGAAGACAGCUGGGUUGCAAAAUGGCAACGAAUAGGUACAUUCACCAAAGGUUGCUAUGCCCUAUCAGUGACAGGCAGGCUCCCCCCAGGACUGGUACGAAGUCUCAAGAACAAAGGCAUCUCCUACCGACCCCGCGAUGUGGCACUCAAGAGCUGAAACCUGUAUUAACAAAAUCUCCUUUGUUCUCGGUUGAAAGAUAAACAUACACAAACACAUGUUUCUUUGUUUCCAUUCAUUUAAAGGACGAAUAAACAAACACUUAUUGGAAAUUUUGUAUGCACGAGUAUUUUGGAGUAUGGCAUUCAAUGCCUUCCUUACAGAUUUAGUCAUAGGAACUUGAAAGUUAAUAUUAUAACCAUAAACAAUAUAAAACAGAAAGAAUCCUAUUUGGGCAACUAUGUACUCUGUCUGAAAAAAAUUGAAUGACGUUCACCUGAAGUAUUCAGUCAUAACAUUUACUUAUAUGAGCAGCGUUGUGGAAAAACCUUGCAUGAAGAAAAACUAAAUCCAUAAAUGCAUGGUUCCUUGUUUGAGACUCGUGGCUGAAGUUUUACUUCAUGUAAGAAGUCCUGAAGCAAUUUCAACAAAAACAACAGCAACAUUUUGAUUUAUUACAUUUUUCGAUUUUUUAAGUGACAAACACUUAGUAUUGUCCUAAAUUUUCAACUGAUUAUUGCUCAUUAACAAUAUUGUUUUUUCAGUAUAAUUAUAAUUCUCAUUGUUAUUUUGCUUCUUUUUGUUCACAUUUCUCUUUAAUAUGAAAUGUGGAAUUAAUAUUAAUCAACAAGUAAAUAUGUCAAUCUUGACCAUGACUUAUUAACUAGAAAUGUCCAGCAUUGGAAGGGAGUGAAAGAACUUGUAAUGGACAGAUAAACUUGAUAUUUUGUAAAUCUUAUUUAGUUUUACUUGCUGAAAAAAAUUAAGCCUUAGUGUAUACUCUAUUUGUAAAUGAAAUGAAAUGUCAAAUGAAUAAAUUCAGUGACAAACACUUGCAUCAAUAAAAAGAGUACAGUAUGCAGAGUUGAUGUAUUGAUAAAAAAUGAUUGAUCCUUAUGUUUGUUUUAAUGUAUUAAAAUAAUUGUAUCAAAGGUUUGGAAAUAUAGCCUUUAAACUUGAAUUUAGUAAGUAAGGUCUUUAAUUUAUUAAAUUUAACUUUCUAAGGGACUGCAAGCGAUUCAAAAUGUGUAUCUAAGUGGUGAAGGGUUAUCAUGAGUUGAUCAUAAACUGAAAUUUUGUUCCAGGACUGAAAUACUGAGCAUUGAAAUUGCAUUUUUAAUUUCAAAGCUGAUUUUAAUUUGGUAAUUUUAAGUUUUUUAGACUCAGUUAUUAUAUGAGGCUCAAGACAAAAUGACAGAACAAUUUGAACACAUGUAAAGAUUCUGUGAGGUGAUAUGUUUGGAGUUUGGUUCACAAGCAACUGUAUUAUCUUGUUGUGUGCAUUCGCUGCUACUGUCAUGGAUAUUGUACACAGAGAUAAAAUAUAUUCAUGUCAAAAAUUCAGAUAUUAAAUCUCUGUUUUCUAUGUGAUCUUAUUUUUUUGCAAAUAGCUGGAAAAAAUUGUAUCAUGCGCAUUUAUUAUGAAGCAAAUAGCAAUAAAGCUUUUAUGUACGUGUU